AUGCGAUUCUUCACAGUCUUCUCUACUUUCCUUCUCACAGCUUCAGCGCUGCCCGCUCCUCACAACGGUGAACAUCCUCCUACAUACACCAUCCCGGGGGAUAACAAACCCACAGUCCCAUCCGGACAUCCCACAAAGUUCACCCCCUAUCUUUUCCGCUUCCCGCACCCAAAAGAUGGUUCAGCCGUCGUCAAUGCCGAGGAAAUCCUCACAUCCCUCCAACCCCACGGCUUCAACAAAUCCCAUCUUCACCAUAAAUUCUCUUCAAUCAUGAACGGGUUUUCCGCAGAUAUGUCCGACCACUGUGUUAAAAUCCUCAAAGCCAUGCUUCCACCAUCAGGCGUCAUCAUCGAACCCAUCGUGACAUAUAGAGUUCAAGCUCCAUUCGCCACCCCUCAACUCGCUGAUAUUGGGAAUUUUGCUGCCGAACACCCCGUGAAGAAGCCAAGACAAGCUCCUGCACCUGGUAUUACGAACGUGCAGACUCAGACGAAUGCACCCUGGGGACUCCAGAGGAUUAGUCAGAAACAAAUGAUCCCCGUUGAUUUUAAUGCGGCGGCAGAUAAGACUUGGCAACCGUCUUUCAAGUAUAAAUUUGACGAGACCGCAGGAGAAGGUGUUGAUAUCUAUGUUAUUGAUACCGGAAUAAACAUCAAUCACAAAUCAUUCGGUGGCCGGGCGGAUAGAGUCUACACAGCUCCCUCUUUAAAGAGUAAUACCCUGGAAGGAGAAGAAGAUCGUGCUGGUCAUGGAACCCACUGCGCCGGCACAACCGGUUCUCGCGGUUUCGGUGUCGCCAAAAAGGCCAACAUCCACGCCAUCAAAGUCAUGGGCAGCAAAGGCGCUGGUUCUUCUGCCGACAUCAUAGCCGGAAUCGACGAAAUGCUCACCAUCCACCGAAGGCGUAAGGAUGAACCCGGUUUCAAGGGUUCAGUCGCAUCCAUGUCCUUCGGAAUCGAUGUCGACAACAUCGACGGUAACGAAGUCAGCGCCUCACCAGCCCUCGAACGAGCCAUCAUGAGAGCCAAUGCCGAGGGUAUCCACACCGUCAUCGCCGCUGGAAACCAAGGCAUCGACGCUUGUAGAGUUUCCCCGGGAUUCUUGAGUAACAAACUCUAUAACGGAACCGAAUUUACAUACCUCGCUAGUGCUAUUACUGUCGGUGCUAUAGAUAUCCAUGAUAACCGUGCGGAUUUUUCGAACUACGGACCGUGUAUUACAACUUAUGCACCAGGUCGUGAUAUCUUGAGCACUUACAUCAAUGGCGAUGAGGCGGUAAAUGUGAUGAGUGGAACUAGCAUGGCCGCACCACACGUCGCAGGAUUGGUAGCCUACUUCCUAGGAGAGGACCAGAGCUUGCAGACUGAUGUUGUGGGCAUGAAGAAGAAGAUUAUGAAUACUGCGGGCAAGGGAUUGUUGCAUAACAUUAAGGACGACAAGGAUACCAAGAUUUUGGCAUAUAAUGGAGUGUAA